CUCGCGCGCCCCGGGGCCGGCGGCGCAUCGGGGUCCAGCGCUCUGGGCUGCGCUGCACCGGAGUCCCGCGGUCGGCCGCCCUUCUCCGCAUGGAUCCCGCGGAGCGCGCGCAGGCGGCGCGGGCUCGGGUGCCCAGGAUCGAUCCGUAUGGAUUUGAAAGGCCCGAAGACUUUGAUUAUGUGGCUUAUGAAGAAUUCUUUUCCACGUACCUGGUGAUACUCACCAAGAGGGCGAUCAAGUGGUCCAAACUUCUAAAGGGAAGCGGCGGGGUCCGAAAAAACCUCACAGUGAAGCGCUAUGUUCGGAAGGGAAUCCCACUGGAGCACCGGGCCCGUGUCUGGAUGGCCGUGAGUGGAGCCCAGGCCCAGAUGGACCAGAACCCUGGAUACUACCACCGACUGCUGGAGGGAGAGGGCAGCCCCAGCCUGGAGGAGGCCAUCCGGACAGACCUGAACCGGACAUUCCCAGACAACGUGAGGUUCCGGAAGACGGCCGAGCCUUGUCUGCAGAAGACCUUGUACAACGUGCUGCUGGCGUACGGGCUACACAACCAAGGUGUGGGGUACUGCCAGGGAAUGAAUUUCAUAGCAGGAUAUCUGAUUCUUAUCACCAAGAACGAAGAGGAAUCUUUCUGGCUCCUGGACGCUCUUGUUGGAAGAAUACUACCUGAUUACUACAGCCCAGCAAUGCUGGGGCUGAAGACUGAUCAGGAAGUCCUGGCAGAGCUGGUGAGGAUGAAGCUACCAGCGGUGGCAGCCCUGAUGGACGCCCAUGGUGUGCUGUGGACCCUGCUGGUAUCCCGCUGGUUCAUCUGCCUGUUUGUGGACAUCCUGCCUGUGGAGACGGUGCUACGGAUCUGGGACUGCUUGUUCAACGAAGGCUCCAAGAUCAUCUUCCGGGUUGCUCUGACCUUAAUUAAGCAACAUCAGGAAUUUAUAUUGGAAGCCAACAGUGUUCCAGACAUCUGUGACAAGUUCAAGCAGAUCACCAAAGGGGACUUUGUGACUGAGUGUCACACGUUCAUGCAGGUAUGGCUCACCUGGAGACUGUAAUUAUACAGCCACAUCAUCAUUAAUUAAGACUCAUCUAAAAGCAGACAUGGUAGCACAUGCCUCUCAUCUCAGAAGCUUAAAGCACCCUUUAACAGAACCAUUGGACAGAAAGUUCAAGGCCAUCCUGAGCUAUAUGAAAUUCUGCCUCAAAACAGUAACAAACCACCUAGCUAUCUAGAACCAUGACCAGUAACAUUUCCUUAACAAAAUAAACCACCGUUUAGUUUUGUCCUGGUUGCUAAGCACAAGGCUGGCUAUCCCAACACUGUCCCAAACCUAAGCACAUGAGCAACACAACUUCACCACCCCCUAGUCCCCAAACCCCAUCAGCAUCACUCCGAGGGCUCUCUUGGUGAAUCCCAGAGGCACAAGGUCCAGACAGACAAAGAAGGAGACUUUUUAUUAGCAUCGUUACAGCAAUGCAUUACACGUGAGCUGGUCCUCAGUGUACAACCCACCUACGCCGCAAGACAGGUCAGCAGUGUGAAUCUAUUAUUGUACACAGUGCAGAAACAGGGCCACCCUGAAUGCCAACAGAAGACUGGAAAUCACUUUACAAAAAGUAAAUAAAAAUAAUGCCAUUUUCUAUUUAGAAAAGUGCCAGCGCAUGGAUGGCAAAGCACAAAACACUGGUGAGUGUGCCCAGCUAGAUGCCAGCCCCCCAGGCCAGCAGCCCAACUGAAUGUCCAGAGGUUGAGCCUGCGUACGCCUCUGCGGCAGGGCUUCCCACUCGCCCCUUCUGGCAUCUGCAGUGUGCAGCCGAACCAUCAGCCGCCCUCACCAGGCCCAAGGGUUCAGACCAGAAAUUCCCUUUGUAAGGCUAAAUCCGAGUAAAAGAAUGAAGAAACCAAACACCAAAUCUUAAAAAGUCAAAGGGGGGAGCCCGUGUGAUUCCAAAAAACUUCCUUGUUCUCCUUAGAGCUCUACUUUGGUAACAUUAACAUUUAACCAGUUAGCAAAAUAUUUAACCCAGUUAGCAAAAUUAACACCGUCAUUUCAAUAGUUAUUCCUUGUGCAUAGUAAAUGUUGCAAGAUGAACUUCACAUUUGAUAAAGCAGAUUUGAAAACAGUUUGCCAGAAAGUGUGCCUCCCUUCCACACCUAGCUAAGCUCGGGACAUACGAACAGACCCUU